UAAACCUGACUGCCACGGCGUUUUGACAGCUGCAGUCAGCCUCUGUUGAUGCUGCAGUCAGUUAGCUACAUAACGUCAGCCUCGUUUCUUUGUUCACUUUCACACCGAGACUGGUCGUCGUUGACCGUUUCAAAGAAUGUCUGACGGUGGGGGGACGGAGGAAAACUCCGGCACCAUGGAGGUGUCGGCCGUUCAAACGGUCGCUGAUACUUCGGUGCUGCAGAAGCAUAUUCGGAAAUUGGUACCGCUGCUCCUGGAAGAUGGCGGCGAGGCCCCGGCCUCACUGGAAACCGCCCUGGAGGAGAAGAGCGCUGUGGAGCAGAUGAGGAAAUUUCUGGCCGAUCCCCAACUUCACACCAUCCUGGUCGAGAGAUGUGCACUCAAAGAGGACGUUGGAGAUGAAGGAGAGGAGGAAAAGGAGUGCAUCACUUAUAACAUCAGCAUUGACAUACACUAUGGGAUCAAGUCCAACAGCUUGGCUUUGAUCAAGAGGACAGGCGUCAUUGAUGCAGACAAGCCCAUAUCAACCCAAGUUCGAGUUCUGACCUUGAGUGAGGAUUCUCCCUAUGAGACACUACACUCCUUCAUCAGCAAUGCUGUCGCUCCUUUCUUCAAGUCCUACAUCCGCGAGUCUGGCAAGGCAGACAGAGAUGGGGAUAAGAUGGCUCCCUCAGUGGAGAAAAAGAUUGCUGAGCUGGAGAUGGGCCUUCUCCAUCUGCAGCAGAACAUUGAGAUUCCUGAGAUCAGCCUACUUAUCCAUGCCAACAUCACAAACAUUGCCAAGCAGUGCUAUGAGCGUGGGGAGAAGCCCAAGGUCACUGACUUUGGAGACAAAGUGGAGGAUCCAACCUUCCUUAACCAGCUGCAAUCUGGAGUCAACCGCUGGAUUAGGGAGAUCCAAAAGGUGACAAAGCUCGAUCGUGACCCAGCUUCAGGCACAGCAUUGCAGGAGAUCAGUUUCUGGCUGAAUCUGGAGAGAGCCCUCAACAGGAUCCAGGAGAAGAGAGAGAGCCCUGAGGUUCUGCUCACACUGGACAUCCUCAAACAUGGCAAACGUUUCCAUGCUACUGUCAGCUUUGACACCGACACUGGUCUGAAACAGGCUGUGGAAACUGUCAAUGACUACAAUCCUCUGAUGAAGGACUUCCCUCUCAAUGACCUACUCUCUGCUUCGGAGCUUGAUAAGAUCCGCCAGGCCCUGAUGGCCAUAUUCACUCACUUGAAAAAGAUUAGGAACACCAAGUACCCUAUCCAGAGAGCACUGCGUCUAGUAGAGGCCAUCUCCAGGGACUUGAGCUCACAGCUCCUCAAGGUGUUGGGCACCAGGAAGCUCAUGCAUGUUGCCUACGAGGAAUUUGAAAAGGUGAUGGUGGCAUGCUUUGAGGUGUUCCAGACCUGGGAGGAUGAGUAUGAGAAACUGCAGGUGCUUCUGAGGGACAUUGUGAAGAGAAAGAGAGAGGAGAACCUGAAGAUGGUGUGGCGUUUGAGCCCCGCCCACAGGAAGCUCCAAUCACGUCUGGAUCACAUGAGACGUUUCAGAAGGCAGCACGAGCAGCUGAGGGCUGUCAUCGUCCGUGUGCUGAGGCCUCAGGUGUCUGCUGUGCCACAACAUGCCCCUGGAGAGACGGUUGAGCCUCAAGACAUGAAGGUAGCUGGAGUUCUCUUUGAUGCUGCUGAUGCCAAUGCUAUCGAGGAGGUCAACCUGGCAUAUGAGAAUGUCAAAGAGGUCGAUGGCCUUGAUGUGUCUAAGGAAGGCAUGGAAGCCUGGGAAGCCGCCAUGAAGCGCUACGAUGAACGUAUUGACCGCGUGGAAACGCGUAUCACUGCCCGCCUGCGUGAUCAGCUGGGAACUGCCAAGAAUGCCAACGAGAUGUUCCGCAUCUUCUCCCGCUUCAAUGCUCUCUUUGUCCGUCCCCACAUCCGUGGUGCAAUCCGGGAGUACCAGACCCAGCUCAUCCAGCGUGUGAAAGAUGACAUUGAGUCACUGCAUGACAAGUUCAAAGUGCAGUAUCCUCAAAGCCAGGCCUGUAAGAUGAGCCAUGUUCGAGACCUGCCACCUGUGUCUGGCUCCAUCAUCUGGGCCAAGCAAAUCGACCGUCAGCUGACUGCGUAUAUGAAGAGAGUGGAGGAUGUUCUGGGAAAAGGUUGGGAGAACCAUGUGGAGGGGCUGAAGCUGAAGCAGGAUGGAGAUAGCUUCAGGGCUAAACUCAAUACUCAAGAGAUAUUCGAUGACUGGGCUCGCAAGGUGCAGCAGCGUAACCUUGGUGUGUCUGGCCGCAUUUUCACAAUCGAGAGUACUCGUGCCCGUGGACGUACUGGAAACAUGCUCAAGCUUAAAGUCAACUUCCUCCCAGAGAUCAUCACUUUGUCCAAAGAGGUCCGCAACCUCAAGUGGCUGAGCUUCCGUGUUCCUUUAGCCAUCGUCAACAAAGCCCACCAAGCUAACCAGCUGUACCCAUUUGCCAUCUCUUUGAUCGAAAGUGUGCGCACCUAUGAGCGCACUUGUGAGAAGGUGGAGGAGAGGUCUUCCAUCUCCCUGCUGGUGGCUGGGCUCAAGAAAGAGGUUCAGGCUCUCAUUACUGAAGGCAUCACUCUGGUCUGGGAGUCCUACAAGUUGGAUCCCUAUGUUCAGAGGCUGGCUGAAACUGUAUUCAACUUCCAGGAGAAGGUGGACGACCUCCUACUGAUUGAGGAGAAAAUUGAUCUUGAGGUUCGCUCUCUGGACACUUGCAUGUUCGACAACAAGACCUUCUCUGACAUCCUAAACCGAGUCCAGAAGGCUGUGGACGACCUCAAUCUCCACUCCUAUUCCAACCUGCCCAUCUGGGUCAACAAGCUCGACAUUGAGAUUGAACGUAUUUUGGGAGUGCGUCUGCAGGCUGGCCUUAAGGCCUGGACCCAGGUGCUCCGUGGCCAGGUAGAGGACAAAGCUGAUGUGGACAUGGACACAGAGGCGCCACAAGUGAGCCACAAACCUGGAGGAGAGCCCAAGAUCAAGAAUGUUGUCCAUGAGCUGAGGAUUACUAACCAGGUGAUCUACCUGAACCCACCGAUUGAAGACUGUCGCUACAAGCUCUACCAGGAGAUGUUUGCCUGGAAGAUGGUCAUCCUUUCCCUUCCCAGGAUCCAGAGCCAGAGAUACCAGGUGGGAGUCCACUACGAGCUGUCAGAGGAGGAGAAGUUCUACAGAAAUGCCCUGACCAGGAUGCCAGAUGGCCCUGCAGCCUUGGAAGAGGCCUAUAAUGCAGUCGAAGACAUUGUUAAUGAGGUGGAGCAGUAUGUCAAGGUGUGGCUGCAGUACCAGUGCUUGUGGGACAUGCAAGCUGAGAACAUCUACAACCGUCUGGGUGAAGACCUCACCAAGUGGCAGGCCCUGCUGGUCCAGAUCCGCAAAGCACGUGGAACCUUUGACAAUGCAGAGACACGGAAAGAGUUUGGACCUGUGGUCAUUGACUAUGGCAAGGUCCAGUCCAAGGUGAACUUGAAGUAUGACUCCUGGCACAAAGAAGUGCUCAGCAAGUUUGGCCAGAUGCUUGGCAACAACAUGCAGGACUUCCAUGCCCAGAUCUCCAAGUCCCGUCAAGAACUGGAGCAACAUUCUGUGGACACGGCUAGCACCUCAGAUGCUGUCAACUUCAUAACAUAUGUCCAGACCCUGAAGCGCAAGAUCAAACAGUUUGAGAAAAAUGUGGACUUGUUCCGUAAUGGACAGCGUUUGCUGGAGAAGCAGAGAUUCCAGUUCCCUCCAUCUUGGCUCUACAUUGACAACAUCGAAGGUGAAUGGGGUGCCUUCAGUGACAUAAUGAAGCGCAAGGAUACUGCUAUCCAGCAGCAGGUGGCCAACCUGCAACUGAAAAUUGUCCAGGAGGACAAAGCUGUGGAAAACCGCACCACUGACUUGCUCAAUGACUGGGAGAAGACCAAACCAGUUGCUGGUAACCUGCGUCCAGAGGAGGCUCUUCAGUCUCUGACGAUCUAUGAGGGCAACUUUGGCCGUCUGAAGGAUGAAAGGGAGAAGUGUGCCAGAGCCAAAGAAGCCCUAGAGCUUACAGACACCGGCCUGCUCAGCGGCAGUGAAGAGAGGGUGCAGGUGGCACUAGAGGAGCUGCAUGACCUGAAGGAGGUUUGGUCCGAGCUGUCAAAGGUCUGGGAGCAGAUCGACCAGAUGAAAGAGCAGCCAUGGGUGUCUGUACAGCCUCGCAAGCUUCGCCAGAGUCUGGAUGCUCUUCUGAACCAGCUGAAGAACUUCCAAGCAAGACUGAGACAGUAUGCCUCCUACGAGUAUGUCCAGAGGCUGCUUAAAGGAUACCUGAAGGUUAACAUGUUGGUGAUUGAACUGAAAUCAGAGGCUCUGAAGGACCGCCACUGGAAGCAGCUGAUGAAGCGUUUGCAUGUAAACUGGGUCCCGUCAGAGCUGACCCUAGGACAGAUCUGGGAUGUGGAUCUGCAGAAGAAUGAGAUGGUGGUGAAGGACGUUCUCCUGGUAGCGCAGGGAGAGAUGGCUUUGGAGGAGUUCCUCAAACAGAUCCGUGAAGUGUGGAACUCAUAUGAGCUCGACCUGGUGAACUACCAGAACAAGUGUCGUCUGAUUAGAGGCUGGGAUGACCUCUUCAACAAGGUUAAAGAACAUAUUAACAGCGUGUCUGCCAUGAAGUUGUCUCCAUACUACAAGGUGUUUGAGGAAGACGCCCUGAGCUGGGAGGACAAACUGAAUCGCAUCAUGGCUCUGUUUGACGUUUGGAUUGAUGUCCAGCGUCGCUGGGUCUAUUUGGAAGGCAUCUUCACCGGCAGUGCUGACAUCAAACAUCUGCUGCCUGUAGAAACCCAGAGAUUCCAGAGUAUCAGUACAGAGUUCUUGGCACUGAUGAAGAAGGUGUCAAAGUCUCCCUUAGUGAUGGAUGUGCUGAACAUACAGGGAGUACAGAGGUCUCUGGAGCGACUUGCUGACCUUCUGGGAAAAAUCCAGAAAGCCCUUGGAGAAUACCUGGAGAGAGAAAGAUCCUCAUUCCCCAGGUUCUACUUUGUGGGAGACGAAGACCUGCUUGAAAUCAUUGGCAAUAGCAAGAAUGUGGCCAAACUGCAGAAGCACUUCAAAAAGAUGUUUGCUGGUGUUUCCAGCAUUCUGCUCAACGAGGACAACACUGAGGUGCUGGGAAUUUCCUCUCGCGAGGGUGAGGAGAUUCUCUACAAGACACCAGUUUCCAUCACACAGCACCCCAAGAUCAAUGAGUGGCUGACACUGGUGGAGAAGGAGAUGAGGGUGACGCUGGCCAAGCUGCUAGCUGAGUCUGUCACAGAGGUCAUAUCCUUCAACAAGGGCACAGGCAUUGACCUGAGUCAGUACAUCAACUGGAUUGAUCGUUACCAGGCCCAGCUGGUGGUCCUGUCCACUCAGAUCGCCUGGUCUGAGAACAUCGAGUCUGCCUUGACCAACAUCUCUGGUGGUGGGGACAUGACACUCGUGCAGGGAGUGCUGUCAAAUGUGGAGGCCACCCUCAACGUGUUGGCUGACACCGUGCUGAUGGAGCAGCCUCCACUCCGCAGGAGGAAACUGGAGCACCUGAUCACUGAGCUAGUGCACCAACGUGAUGUGACCAGGACUCUGAUCAAGAACAAGAUCGACAACCCCAAGUCCUUUGAGUGGCUCUGCCAGAUGCGCUUCUAUUUUGACCCCAAGCAGACAGAUGUCCUGCAACAGCUGUCCAUUCAGAUGGCCAAUGCCAAGUUCAACUAUGGCUUUGAGUACUUAGGUGUCCAGGACAAGCUCGUCCAGACCCCUCUGACAGACCGCUGCUAUCUCACCAUGACCCAGGCUCUGGAGGCCCGCCUUGGAGGGUCACCAUUUGGUCCUGCUGGCACAGGGAAGACUGAGUCAGUGAAAGCUCUUGGUCACCAGCUGGGCCGCUUUGUCCUGGUCUUCAACUGUGAUGAGACAUUUGACUUCCAGGCCAUGGGUCGUAUCUUCGUGGGUCUGUGCCAGGUAGGAGCAUGGGGCUGUUUCGAUGAGUUUAACCGUCUGGAGGAGAGAAUGCUCUCUGCCGUCUCGCAGCAGGUCCAGUACAUCCAGGUGGCCUUGAGGGAGCACAGCAACCCCAACAGAGACAGGAGUGUGCCAGUCACCACGGAGCUCCUGAACAAGCAGGUGAAGGUGAGUCCAGACAUGGCCAUCUUUAUCACCAUGAAUCCUGGCUACGCUGGCCGCUCCAACCUGCCUGACAAUCUAAAGAAGCUGUUCCGCAGCUUGGCUAUGACCAAGCCCGACCGCCAGCUCAUUGCCCAGGUCAUGCUGUACUCUCAAGGUUUCCGCACAGCCGAGAUCCUCGCCAAGAAGAUUGUGCCCUUCUUCAAGCUGUGCGAUGAGCAGCUGUCGUCCCAGAGUCACUACGAUUUUGGCCUCCGAGCUCUCAAGAGCGUGCUGAUCAGUGCUGGUAAUGUCAAGCGUGAGCGCAUCCAGAGGAUCAAAAGGGAGAAGCUAGAGCGUGGAGAGGUCGUUGAUGAGAAUGACAUCGCUGAGAACCUUCCUGAACAGGAGAUCCUGAUCCAGAGUGUGUGCGAGACCAUGGUUCCAAAGCUGGUGGCGGAGGACAUCCCUCUGCUGUUCAGCCUGCUGUCAGAUGUCUUCCCUGGAGUCCAGUACCACCGUGGAGAGAUGACUGCUCUGAGGGAAGAGCUGAAGAAAGUCUGCAGUGAGAUGUACCUCACCUACGGAGACGGUGACGAUGUGGGCAGCAUGUGGGUAGAAAAGGUGCUCCAGCUAUACCAGAUCACACAGAUCAACCACGGUCUGAUGAUGGUGGGACCUUCAGGUAGUGGGAAGACCAUGGCAUGGAGGGUGCUACUCAAGGCCCUGGAGAGGCUGGAGGGUGUUGAGGGCGUGGCCCACAUCAUCGAUCCCAAGGCCAUCAGCAAGGACCACCUGUAUGGAACCCUGGACCCCAACACCCGUGAAUGGACUGAUGGCUUGUUUACACACAUCCUCAGGAAGAUUAUUGACAAUGUUCGAGGUGAACUGCAGAAGCGUCAAUGGAUCAUCUUUGAUGGUGAUGUUGACCCUGAGUGGGUUGAAAAUCUCAACUCUGUCCUGGAUGACAACAAGCUGCUCACCCUGCCCAAUGGAGAGCGUCUCAGCUUGCCUCCUAAUGUGCGUGUAAUGUUUGAAGUACAGGACCUGAAGUACGCCACCCUGGCCACUGUGUCUCGCUGUGGUAUGGUCUGGUUCAGUGAGGAUGUCCUCAGCACUGACAUGAUCUUCAACCACUUCCUGGCUCGCAUUCGCAGCAUCCCAUUGGACGAGGGAGAGGAUGAAGCUCAGCGCCAGAGGAAGGGCACAGAUGACGAGGAAGAGACUGCAUCACCAAUGCUGCAGAUCCAGCGCGAUGCUGCAGCUACCCUGCAGCCUUACUUCACCUCCACAGGCCUGGUGAUCAAGGCCUUAGAGCAUGCCUCCAAGAUGGAGCACAUCAUGGACUUCACCCGCCUGCGCUGCUUGGGUUCCCUGUUCUCAAUGCUGCACCAGGCCUGCCGUAAUGUGGCGCUCUACAACAACAACCACCCUGACUUCCCCAUGCCCAUUGAUCAGCUGGAGAAAUACAUGCAGAAAUAUCUGAUCUACGCUGUGCUGUGGUCCUUCUCUGGUGACGGACGGCUGAAGAUGAGGGCUGAGCUUGGAGAAUAUAUUCGUCGCAUCACCACUGUACCCCUCCCCUCUGCUCCCAAUGUCCCUAUCAUUGACUACGAGGUGUGCAUCUCGGGUGAGUGGCAGUCCUGGCAGGGCAAGGUUCCUCAGAUUGAGGUAGAGACCCACAAGGUGGCAUCCCCCGAUGUCGUGGUUCCCACCCUGGAUACUGUUCGCCAUGAGGCUUUGCUUUACACAUGGCUGGCAGAGCACAAACCACUGGUGCUGUGUGGACCUCCCGGCUCUGGAAAGACUAUGACUCUGUUCAGCGCCCUCAGAGCCUUGCCUGAUAUGGAGGUUGUAGGUCUGAACUUCUCCAGUGCCACCACCCCAGAGCUGCUGCUGAAGACCUUUGAUCAUUACUGUGAGUACCGUCGUACCCCCAACGGUGUGGUCCUCGCCCCUGUCCAGCUGGGCAAGUGGCUGGUGUUGUUCUGUGAUGAGAUCAAUCUGCCAGACAUGGACAAGUAUGGCACACAGAGAGUCAUCUCUUUCCUCAGACAGAUGGUGGAACAUGGAGGUUUCUACCGCACCUCAGACCAGACUUGGGUCAAAUUGGAGAGGAUCCAGUUUGUUGGAGCCUGUAAUCCUCCCACUGACCCUGGCAGAAAACCUCUUACACACAGGUUCCUGCGUCAUGUUCCUGUGGUGUACGUGGACUAUCCAGGUCCAGCCUCUCUAACCCAGAUUUAUGGAACCUUCAACCGUGCCAUGCUGCGCCUCAUCCCCUCUCUACGUACCUAUGCUGAGCCUCUUACCGCUGCUAUGGUUGAGUUCUACACCAUGUCUCAGGAGCGGUUCACCCAGGACACUCAGCCUCACUACAUCUACUCUCCCAGAGAGAUGACCCGCUGGGUGAGGGGGAUCUUCGAGGCCCUGCGGCCACUUGAGACUCUGCCUGUAGAAGGGCUCAUUCGCAUCUGGGCCCAUGAAGCUCUCCGUCUCUUCCAAGACAGGCUGGUUGGCGAUGAAGAGAGAAGAUGGACAGAUGAAAAUAUUGACAUGGUUGCUCUCAAACACUUCCCCAACAUUGAUAAGGAGAAGGCUCUCAACAGGCCAAUCCUUUACAGCAACUGGCUCUCCAAGGAUUACAUCCCAGUGGAACAGGAGGAGCUGAGGGACUAUGUAAAGGCCCGUCUGAAGGUCUUCUAUGAAGAGGAGCUGGACGUCCCUCUGGUGCUCUUCAAUGAGGUGCUGGACCACGUCCUCAGAAUUGACCGAAUCUUCCGUCAGCCUCAGGGCCAUCUCCUGUUGAUCGGUGUGAGUGGAGCAGGAAAGACUACUCUGUCUCGCUUCGUAGCCUGGAUGAACGGACUUAGUGUAUACCAGAUCAAGGUACACAGGAAAUACACCGGAGAGGACUUUGAUGAGGACCUGCGUACAGUUCUGCGUCGCUCUGGUUGUAAGAACGAGAAAAUUGCCUUCAUCAUGGAUGAGUCCAACGUGCUGGAUUCUGGUUUCCUUGAGAGAAUGAACACACUGCUGGCCAACGGAGAGGUUCCUGGCCUGUUUGAGGGAGAUGAGUAUGCCACCUUGAUGACUCAGUGUAAGGAGGGAGCCCAGAAAGAGGGCCUGAUGCUCGACACACACGAGGAGCUGUACAAGUGGUUCACCAGCCAGGUUAUCAGGAACCUCCAUGUUGUUUUCACCAUGAACCCUUCAUCAGAGGGCCUGAAGGACAGGGCUGCCACAUCUCCUGCCCUCUUCAACAGGUGUGUGUUGAACUGGUUUGGAGACUGGUCGACAGAGGCCCUUUAUCAGGUGGGUAAGGAGUUCACCAGCAAGAUGGAUCUGGAGAAACCAAACUACAAGGUGCCAGACUACAUGCCCAUCGUCUAUGACAAACUGCCCCAGCCACCAUCUCACCGUGAGGCUAUUGUCAAUGGCUGUGUGUUUGUACACCAGACACUUCACCAGGCUAACAACCGUCUGGCUAAGCGAGGUGGUCACACGAUGGCCAUUACUCCUCGCCACUACCUGGACUUUAUCAACCAGUAUGCCAACCUGUUCAAUGAGAAACGCAGCGAGUUGGAGGAACAGCAGAUGCACCUCAACGUUGGUCUCCGCAAGAUCAAGGAGACUGUCGAUCAGGUGGAGGAGCUUCGUCGUGACCUGAGAAUCAAGAGCCAGGAGUUGGAGGCAAAGAACGCUGCUGCCAAUGACAAGCUGAAGAAGAUGGUCAAAGACCAGCAGGAAGCUGAAAAGAAAAAGGUGAUGAGCCAGGAGAUCCAGGAAGCUGUGUACAAGCAGCAGGAGGUGAUCAAGGACAAACAGCUGAGUGUCAAAGAAGACUUGGACCAAGUAGAGCCUGCUGUUAUUGAGGCUCAGAAUGCGGUGAGUUCUAUUAAGCGGCAGCACCUAGUAGAAGUGAGGGCCAUGACCAAUCCCCCAGCUGCAGUCAAGCUGGCCCUGGAGUCUAUCUGCCUUAUGCUGGGCGAAGAGACCAAUGACUGGAAAAAAAUCAGACAAGUUAUUAUCAGGGACAAUUUCAUCAGCAGCAUAGUCAACUUUUCCUCUGAGGAAAUGAGUGACUCCAUCCGUGAGAAGAUGAAGAAGAACUACCUCUCCAACCCAAGCUACAACUAUGACCAAGUCAACAGGGCAUCUCUGGCCUGUGGACCUAUGGUCAAAUGGGCAAUUGCUCAGCUUAAUUAUGCUGACAUGCUGAAGCGGGUGGAGCCUCUGCGUAAUGAACUGCAGAAGCUUGAGGAUGACGCCACAGACAACAAGACAAAGGCAGAAGAGGUGGAGCAGAUGAUCAGAGACCUGGAGGCUAGCAUCGCUCGCUACAAGGAGGAGUACGCCGUCCUCAUCUCAGAGGCCCAGGCCAUCAAGGCCGACCUGGCUGCUGUCGAGGCUAAGGUGAAUCGCAGCACAGCCCUACUGAAGAGUCUGUCAGCUGAAAGGGACCGCUGGGAAAAGACCAGUGAGACCUUCAAGAACCAGAUGUCCACAAUCGCUGGAGACUGUCUGCUCUCUGCAGCUUUCAUUACCUAUGCCGGCUACUUUGAACAGCAGAUGAGACAGAACCUGUUCACUACUUGGUCUCACCACCUGCAGCAGGCCAACAUUCAGUUCCGUACGGACAUUGCCAGAACUGAGUACCUGUCCAACGCUGAUGAGAGGCUCCGCUGGCAAGCCAACUCCCUCCCAGCUGAUGACCUGUGCACUGAGAACGCCAUCAUGCUCAAGAGGUUCAACAGGUACCCGCUAAUCAUCGAUCCAUCAGGCCAAGCCACAGAGUUUAUAAUGAAUGAGUACAAAGAACGCAAGAUCACCAGAACCAGUUUCCUGGAUGAUGCCUUCAGGAAGAACCUGGAGAGUGCCUUGCGUUUCGGAAACCCACUGUUGGUCCAGGAUGUAGAAAGUUACGACCCCAUCCUAAAUCCGGUGCUGAACAGAGAGGUCCGCAGGACUGGAGGACGUGUCCUCAUCACCCUGGGAGACCAGGACAUCGAUCUGUCACCUUCGUUCGUCAUCUUCCUUUCUACACGAGACCCAACAGUCGAGUUCCCACCAGACUUGUGUUCUCGUGUUACAUUUGUCAACUUCACUGUGACGCGCAGCAGCCUUCAGAGCCAGUGUCUCAACGAGGUCCUAAAGGCUGAGAGGCCUGAUGUGGAUGAGAAACGCUCCGACCUCCUCAAACUGCAGGGUGAGUUCCAACUUCGCCUGCGUCAGCUGGAAAAAUCACUGCUACAGGCCCUCAAUGAGGUUAAAGGCCGCAUCCUUGAUGAUGACACCAUCAUCACCACGCUGGAGAACUUGAAGAAGGAAGCAGCUGAGGUGACCAGGAAGGUGGAGGAGACCGAUAUCGUCAUGGCAGAGGUGGAGGCAGUGUCACAGCAAUACCUGACUCUGUCCUCUGCCUGCAGCAGCAUCUACUUCACCAUGGAGUCUCUCAACCAGAUGCACUUCCUGUACCAGUACUCCCUUCACUUUUUCCUGGAUACCUAUCACACAGUGCUGUAUGAGAACCCCAACCUCAAGGGCAUCAGCGAUCAUACACAGAGACUCGAUGUCAUCACCAAGGACCUCUUCCAGGUGGUGUUCAACAGAGCAGCCAGGGGUAUGCUGCACCAGGAUCACAUCACUUUUGCCAUGCUGCUGGCUAAGAUCAGCCUAAAGGGCAUAACCAGUGAGCCUUCAUAUGAUGCAGAGUUCCAGCACUUCCUGCGUAGUAAGGAGAUUGUUCUGAAUGGCAUGUCACUGCCCAAAGUGAAAGGUCUGACCACUGACCAGAGUGAAGCCAUGGUCCGCCUCAGUCGCCUGCAAGCAUUCAACGACUUGGUGGACAAAGUUGAGGCUGAUGAGCAAUUCUUCAUGUGGAUUGAGAGCAACACUCCAGAGCUCUCUGUUCCUUAUCUGUGGUCAGAGGAGAAGCAGUCUACUCCCAUUGGCCAGGCAGUGCACCAGCUGUUGCUGAUUGAGGCCUUCCGCCCUGACCGCCUGCUGGCUAUGUCGCACAUUUUUGUCUCAAAGGUGCUGGGAGAGACCUUCAUGAACAUCAUUGAGCAGCCUCUUGACCUGGCUAAUAUCGUGGAUAGCGAGGUGAAGCCCAGCACUCCAGUGUUGAUGUGUUCUGUACCUGGUUAUGAUGCCAGCGGCCUGGUCAGAGAUCUGGCUACUGAGGAGAACAAACAAAUCACCUCCAUCUCUAUUGGUUCAGCUGAGGGCUUCAAUAAGGCAGACAGAGACAUCAACACUGCUGUCAAGUCUGGCAGGUGGGUGAUGUUGGAGAACGUCCACUUGGCCCCCGGGUGGCUGAUGCAGCUGGAAAAGAAGCUCCACUCCAUGCAGCCUCAUUCCAGCUUCAGGCUUUUCCUGACAAUGGAGAUCAACCCCAAGGUGCCAGUGAAUCUGCUUCGUGCCGGUCGUAUCUUUGUGUUUGAGCCUCCUCCUGGUGUCAAGGCCAACAUGCUCAGAACCUUCAGUAGCAUCCCUGUGGCUCGCAUGUGCAAGGCUCCCAACGAGCGUGCUCGUCUCUACUUCCUGUUGGCUUGGUUCCAUGCAGUCAUUCAGGAGCGACUGCGUUAUGCACCACUGGGCUGGUCCAAGAAAUAUGAGUUUGGAGAGUCUGAUCUCCGCUCUGCCUGUGACACCAUUGACACCUGGUUGGACGACACUGCUAAGGGUCGUCAAAACAUUGCACCAGACAAGAUCCCCUGGGCAGCUCUGAAAACUCUGAUGGCCCAGUCCAUCUAUGGUGGCCGCAUUGACAAUGAGUUUGACCAGCGUCUGCUCAACACCUUCCUGGAUCGCAUCUUUACCAAGGGAAGCUUCGACAGUGAGUUCAAACUGGCUCUCAAGGUUGACGGGCACAAGGACAUCAAGAUGCCUGAUGGCAUUCGGCGUGAGGAGUUCAUGCACUGGGUAGAGAUGCUUCCCGACACUCAGACUCCAUCUUGGCUCGGGUUGCCUAGCAAUGCUGAGAAGGUCUUGCUCACCACUCAGGGCACUGACAUGAUGGGUAAGAUGCUGAAAAUGCAGAUGUUGGAGGAUGAGGAUGACCUUGCCUACGAGACGGAGAAGAAGGAGCGCGCUUCGUCCACAUCUGAUGCCCAGCCAGCCUGGAUGAGGACCCUCCACACCACUGCCUCCAACUGGCUGCAGCUCAUGCCCCAAACAGUCAAUCCACUCAAACGCACCGUGGAGAACAUCAAGGACCCACUGUUCCGGUUCUUUGAGCGCGAGGUGAAGAUGGGUGGCAAGAUGCUGCAGGAGGUCCGUCAGGAUCUGUCCGAUGUGGUGCAGGUGUGCGAGGGCAAAAAGAAGCAAACUAACGACCUGCGCACACUCUUCAGCGACCUUGUUAAAGGCAUCCUCCCUCGCAGCUGGUGUCGGUACACAGUUCCAGCCACCAUGACUGUGAUCCAGUGGGUGGCAGACUUCAGUGAGCGAAUCAAACAGCUGCAGCAGAUUUCCCAGGGAGCUGCCAGUGGGGGUGCAAAGGAACUGAAGAACAUCCACGUUUGCCUCGGCAGCCUGUUUGUGCCAGAGGCUUACAUUACUGCUACCCGCCAGUAUGUGGCCCAGGCCAACAGCUGGUCUCUGGAAGAGCUGUGUCUGGAGGUCAAUGUCACCACCGCCCAGGGUGCCGCACUGGAUGCCUGCAGCUUCGGCAUCAAAGGUCUGAAACUACAGGGAUCUACUUGUGCCAACAACAAGCUGUCUCUGUCCACCUCCAUCUCCACUGAGUUGCCUCUUACCCAGCUUCGCUGGAUCAAGCAAAGCAGCGAUGAGAAGAGGCAUAUGGUGACUCUGCCCGUGUACCUGAACUUCACCAGGUCUGACCUCAUUUUCACUGUUGACUUUGACAUCGCCACCAAGGAAGAUCCACAUAGCUUCUAUGAGCGUGGAGUUGCUGUCCUGUGCACCGAGUAGAUGAAACAAGUCAUUCCUGAAGACCAGAGUCUUAUUAUUAAACCACACGUAAUCACUUACAUUCAUUGCUUAUUAACCACCAUUUAAAAAGUAGUUGUUGAAUUCCAGUAUAAAACGUAGUUAGAAACAUAUGUGGAGCAGUAACGAACAUGUACCCAUUCUUAGUGUUUUUGGAAAGUAUCUUAGAAGGUCAAGGGAAUGUUGGUCAGAUGGUAAAUGAAGAGAAAAUGAAAUGUGGAAAAGGAAAGUUGAAAGUAAGUUGUUUUUAGGAAAGAACCGGUGUGUUUUUAGAUCGAACCGAAUAAAGCUUGUUGGAAUGAAAUUAACUGCA